AUGGCUGUUAACGAAGAAGAAAGGUGGCAAGCCAUGAAAUCAACGGUGCUGGAAAGAAACAGUUUUAUGUUCAACAAUUCUUUGAUGAGUGACAUCAAGUUUGUCUUUCCUAACAACACCAUCAUUCCGGCCCAUAAGUACGUCCUUGCCAUCAGUAGUUCGGUGUUUUUUUCGAUGUUUUACAGCGAUCAAACUGAAAGCAGGAACACUAUAGAAAUCACCGACUGUGAUGCAACUUUCUUCCUGAAUUUUUUGCGCUUUAUAUACACCGAUGAAGUAUAUUUCGAAGACGUUGAUUGUGCUAUGAAAGUGUGGCAAAUAGCUGAAAAGUAUGACGUUCCUUUGCUUGCAAGAGAGUGUGUGAUGUUUAUAGACGGAAACAUGAAUCCAGCUCAGUCCAUUGAUGUUUUGCAACAUGCCCGCGAGGUCAACGAGAAAACUCUGGAAACGGCUUGCUGGGAAAUGAUUGAUCACAAUGCGGAAACAAUUUCUGAAGAUGAAUGUUUUCUUAGGAUCGAAAAGGAGUUUUUGCUUUCGUUCAUCGAACGAUCGUCCUUGCACAUCGAGGAAACACAGUUAUUCCACGCCAUAAAUCGCUGGGCCGUUCAGAGAUGCCAAGAAAACAACUUGGUAUGUGAUGGACCAAACAAAAGGUCGGUUUUGGGAGAGGAUGUGUUGAAGAACGUACGAUUUUCUUUGAUGCUACCAAAUCAGUUUACCGAUCAGGUGGUCCCUAAAAACAUCUUAACAAAUGAAGAGGUUAUCCAAGAGUUUGUACGUUUCAGUCAAGACUACUCAGAAAUUACAAGGGCAGCGAGUUUCUGCACCCGCUAUUGUAGAAUUGCCGGUGAUUCCUUGAACUUACAGACGGGCGUGCAGCUAUCUGACACGCUUACCCUAAAAGCCAGCAAGCCUGUCCUUCUGUGCGGGUUACAAUUCGUUUUUGAAGAUUCUAAAGAAACAGAAGGUCACCUCAGUCUUGUUUUAUGGCGGCAAGGGGUUAAGAUUAAACGCCUUACUGCCAAAUCUGAGGCUGCAUCCUGGAACACUGGCUGGUCAUUUUUUGGUGAAAACAAAGUGUUUUUCAACAGGCCAAUUUCUUUGGACGAAGAAACUUGUUACACGAUUGAACUGUUAGGGGCAUCAAGUCGUUCAACAAAGUACUACGUUAGAUGCAGCAAUACCACAGGGAUAACGCAAAGAGCUUCAAGCGGCCACUACUCAAGACCCACAAACUCUUCCCGCUCAACCGAUGUAACAUUUAAGUUCUGCGGAGGGUUAUUCAAAGAUGCUAUUCCAGAAAAUCCAUAUUUCGGACUGAUAAGUAAGGUAUUGUUUCAAGAUUUUUCCACUAAACAACUGUCAUCGUCAGAAGAUGACAUUUACAGUGUCAAGGAGGAUUUCUACGAAGAAUACCUCCCACCUGGAGUCUCGGACUAA